GGAACUGUCUCUUUGCUGUUGCCAAUUAAUUCAGCAGCGUCCAACAAUUCUUAGUGAUCACCUGGCCACCACAUCAUCGUCUGCGUUGGCAACUGAAUAAAAUUAAGAUUUUGCACAAUUGUCAAUCCGUAGCAGAGGUGAAAAUAAAGGAAAAGCUACAGAUAGAAAUGGGAGACAUACCGAAUUCAACGUCGAUGAGUACCACCAGUCAUCAGCAGUCAUGGAACCUUAAUGGAGAUGCGGAGGAAAUACAACUGUACGAGACACAGUAUCCAAUCUCUGAAUGGGACCAAAAUCUAGAUUUGUUGCUGGAUGAGCUCCAGGAGAGUGUGUCGUCACCUCAACAAGCAAAAGGCAGGAAUCAAAUUACAUCGCUCCCUACAAUACCUGCAUCGGAACGGCAAUCACCAAACAAAUCCGUCAGUUCUAGCACCAAGGUUCUUAGUAGUUCUCAAUUCCUUGCCUUGGCGGAAGAAGCCCUCCGGCAAACGACCAUUGCUCGUCGUUUACUCGAGUCCAUCGCUGAUGAACCGACAGCUGCUAACCUGCCAUCCAGUCCCACGUCAGCAAAUGCAAGACUGUCAUCCAACACAAUCGCUGGAUCGCAAUUACCCGAAACUCUGUUGACAGAUAACAUAAAUAGUUUGGCAGCAACAGAAUCCGACAACAGCAAUCCUCCGACAUCCGUUUCAGAGAGAGCCAAGGCUUUGACCACUCGACGAGUCCAAACAGUUCAACCGUCGACCCCACCGACUACACCACAGAGAAAAAUGUCUGAUGGCAAAUCGACCGAGUCGUUUCCAACUGCUGAAGGUCUGCGCUCGUUCAAACUGCAUCCGGCGACCAUUGAAGACAUCGAAACGGCUCUCACCAAUCUCAAGAUCGCAACCGACAGUAAAAAGAUCCUGACAUACACUGAACACAUGGAAUACACACAAGUGCCAUCAAACAGCGACAUUACCGGGUCAGUGAUGAGUGAAGACAAACCGGCUAAAUCCAUUGCAGCUGAAUCACCGCCCAAAUGUUCCAGCGAUAACUUGAAAAUUUUAGACUUCACCGAGUUACUGUCGAGCCAAAAGAUAAAUGCGAGCAAUGGAUUACCUCCUACUGGAACCGAUGGGAGGCUGCUGCUGGAGUCUCCGAGCAAUAGCACUGACGGCCAGAAGGUAUUUGAUGACAAGGUGAAAAGUAGGACGUCUCCAUCCGACAUCGAUGAAUGGGCAACUAAACUAGCUCAAUUGGAUUCAGCUCUCAACUUACUCAUAGAGGGAUUGGACAAUCACAUUGAUUAAAAACAAAUCAUUACCCAGCAGAGCACCAACAAAUCAAUUUAUAGUACUUGUGCCAAAAUUGCUUGCCUAAAUAACUGCUCUACAAAAGGACAGGUCACUCUUUUUAAUUCGUAAAAGUUACUUUUCCCUUUCUUUUUCCUAUCCAUCAAGUAGCUCUAGAAUUUGUCGACCCUAUAAGUUUUUAUCCACAAUUUGAAGGAAAAAUUACAAAUGUCAAUUAAAAACUCAUUUGAAUACAAAAGAAAAAUCAGUUCAGUUCAGCCUGGCAAAAUGUUUGUGUGGUGAUGAUGCUGGGCUGCAAACCGGAUCACAAUGUCAGCCCAAAACCCGCAAGGAAAACAAAAUAAAAGAAAAAGGAAAACAUACCCUUGCUUCAGUGGAAUGUACAUCUGGCAAGCGCUUUCAAAGCAACUGAUCCGCGUAUUCAAACCAUUUUUCCAACAGUUCCCAAUACUGAUACCGACUACAUCCGCCUGAGGAUUCCGUCAAUUUCUAUUGUGGUCCGCUAUGGUGUAAACCGGAACGUUCCGUCCAGUUCAAAGUUAAACGACGUUUUAAACUUUUCUUCUUGUGAAGACGUCGAUGUGCAACAUUAUAUACCACACUACGAUAUACUUGAAGAUGUGCUACUUCAAAUUGUACUCGUUGAUAAAACUGUUUGAAAACACGCUGAUUCUGUUAGUAUUCCAAGUGGCAUCGAUAAACAAUAGAAAAAUGAUUAAAUCAAAAUCUAUCACUGAAAAGGGGAAGGCACAUCACAUUUUCAUCAUCUUCUAUACAACCGGAAAGGAUACUGGUGGUCGUUGGAAAAUAAUUGAGAGCCCAUCGUCUUUGUACCCUUGUAGCAAACAAAGUGUCGUUAAAAACAAGUUUUAAAUAAAAUGAAUAUCUUGGCG